CAGUGCGUUUUUUUCUGUUUUGUUUCUUUCGUUAUCACAAACAUUUCAGCACAAAUGCGGUGAACUUAAGUAAAUAGCAGUUUUGUUGUGAAAAAAUAAAUAAGAAGCAGCAGAGUAAACAAUAAAGAAGAUCAAGUGUCAGCCGGUGCUUAGAUGUUGUACUUAUGACAAUCAGUCACUUUUUUAUUUAAUGUUUAAAUUGAAAUUAUAUCGAAAAAGGUACAAUGUCCAGUUCAGACGCUGAACUCAACCCAGACUCUGAGAUCGAUGCUAAGACGCUGACUAAGUCCGCCAAAUUAUCAUCUCAAUUAGUGGAAAUUACGACAGAUGGUGUACCUAAAUUGCAUUGUCCUGUUUGCAGUAAGGGCUUAUCCUCUCUCAAUGGUUAUGUCAAUCAUGUAAAAAAACAUGAACCACCUGGUGGCUUCAAUUGCCGUUACUGUGAUGAACGCUUCUGCACAACGGAAGCGUUGAAACAGCAUCGCGACGAGAAGCAUAUUACCAUAGGUUGCCGCAUAUGUGCGGACACAACGUUCUCCAGUGAAAGUGCAUAUCGGGAACACAUUACCAAUGUGCAUAAUGGAAUUGAUCGUCAAAUGUAUAAGUGUGACAAAUGUGACGCAGAAUAUAAAACUAUCAUACCAUUUCAUCGUCAUAUGGAAACACAAUGUGGUACAAUAAGACCACAUAAAUGUGAGCAGUGUUCGCAUUCCUUCAUCUCAAAAUAUAACCUGAAGCAGCAUCAGUUGUCACAUUCAGGUGAACAUAAUUUCUGCUGCAGCUAUUGUGGCAAGAGUUUCAAACAAAAAGGUGGACUAGUAGAACACGAACGUUCCCAUACUGGUGAAAAGCCGUACAAAUGUGAUGUUUGUGGAAAAGCGUUUGCUCAUCGUGAAAGCUUGGUUACACAUUCCUCCAUACAUACUGGCGUGCGUUUAGUAGAAUGUAAAUGUUGUCAAACAAGAUUUUCGUGCUACUCAAAUUUACUUAAACAUCGACGUGCCCGUCCAGAAACAUGUGGCUUACCUAAGUAUGAUUCCGCGAAAAGGCGUGGAUACACUCAUCGUGUAAGAAUUCCACCAAAUGCUAAUCCAACAUCAGAAAUUAAAGUUCGUAGUAAAAAUAAAAUACUGAAACCUGAAGAAAAAGCUAAGAAUGAUAAAAUCGUUACUGACAGACAAACGAAGCAUAAAAAGGUAUCCACUAAAGGGAGAAAAAACUUGCAAAAAGACCGACAUAAAAAUUCCAAAGGAGAUGUGGAUGAAGUGGAGACAACUGCUGUCAGUCUUCGAGGUAGAAAGAGAAAAAAACGCAAAGCAGAUACUACUGAAGAAAGCGUCAAUGAUACUAAUUUAGAAUCAGAAAUAAAUAAUUCCAUAUUACAAAGUUCUAGUCUCAAGGAAAACGGUACAUCAACGGAAAUUACAUUAAUUGAAGUGAAACCCGUUUGGAACUACAGUGACAGUGAAGACGAUUUUGAAAUGUCUAAUACGAUAUUUUCUGAUGGUAGUGAACUAGAACAUCCGCUUGAUUUGCCAAUAAAACAAGAAGAUAACGAAGAAAAUAGUUCCAUACCUUACGAAUGUUCUGAUGAACAAGAAUUCAUAGAUAUAAGUGUUAAAGAAGAAGAUGUUAAUAGUAUAUUCAACCAAAAAGAUAAGUUAUUGGAUUAUCUGUUAAACGAAGAUAUGUCGGAUAUGGAAGAAGCAAAAAAAUACUCGACUAUAAAAUCAACGAAAGGAAAUCGACAGAAAACAGAUGUCAUACUACAGGAGACUGAAAUGAUACUAGUAGACGACCCCAUAAAUUCUGUCAUUGGACAAGAUGUGCUUGACACAAACUAUAUGAAUGAGUGUAAAAUUAUGUUGGAAGAUAUAACAAAGCUUUACCCGCAACUUAAACAAGAGAAUUGCAUUAAUAUCAAAGACAAUAUAGUACAAACAAACGAAAAUGUUAUUAUUUCCGAAGACAAGGAAGAAGAUAUUAUUUCUGAACAGACUGAUGUACCCAUCAAAAAACGCCGGAAACGUGCUAUUACUGAAAAUAAGACAGCCGCGGAACAUAAACGUAGUGCAAAAAUUACUACCAGAGAGCUGAAAGCACGUAUGAGAAUGUUGAAAAAGGACCAAAAAACUUGGCAAUGCAUGUAUUGCAUAAAAAUGUAUCAUAUGCGGAAACCAUUUGAGAAGCAUUUGCGUGAGAACCAUAAGCGUCCAAAGGAAGAAGUGAGCGAAAUAUUUAAAGCAGAUAAUGUCUCUACAGUCACCGAUGAAGUUUACAAUUGCCGUUUCUGCAAUAAAAUGUACUUAGUGGAGAAGCGUUUAAAGUCACACGAAAAACUGCAUGGUGAAAAUGGCGAACUGAUCUUUAAAUGUCCAUGUUAUUGUACGAUAUACUUUGCUACUAAAGAGGAAGCAACAGCACAUGCACAAUCGGAACAUCGGGAAAUGCUUUAUUGCGAUCUUUGUAAAAGAUUCUAUACCGCACACGAUAGUUUUAAGAAUCACAUGAGAAAUCAUCAUUCGGGCAAAGUGCAACGUUGUUUGCAAAGAAAUUUGGUUUGUGAAAAAUGUGGCAAGAAAUUUUCUGGUCGCACAUCAUUAACUGAUCAUGUACGUUCGGAUUGUGGUCGCGUGCCACUCUAUCCUUGUACGGUUUGUGGAAAACAUUUAACCACAGCGGGUAUAUUAAAAACGCAUAUGCUUUUGCAUAGCUCCGAUUCACCAUAUCAAUGCGAACAAUGUGGAAAGACUUUUAAGGUUAAGGCACAGUAUAAUGUUCAUUUGAAGAGACACACGGAUGUAAAACCCUAUAAGUGCCAUCUUUGUCCUAAGGAGUAUCCAUACCGUGAAAGUUUGCUAACGCAUAUGACGAUACACACUGGUAUUAGACGUUUUAUGUGUCAAGGCUGUGGUAAACGCUUCACUUGUAUAUCGAAUCUCCAGGCUCAUCGUAAAGUUUUUGCUGAAACUUGUGGUACCUUACCUUUAAACACAAAAGCAACGCACUAUAUGGGCGUGAAAAAAGGAAAUUUGUUGCUGGGCACUAAGCCGCAAGCAGGACUCGAUUAUGUUGAAACAAAUACGCUUAUUGCUAAAAACGUUAUACGAGACAUACCACCUUUACAACCAAUCACCAAUUUUUCAACAUAUGUUGAAUCCGGCAAAACAGAUAUUCCUGCUGAUAAAAAUUGUGUACGUGAUAUUCCGCCUUUGCAACCCAUCAGCACUUAUUCAAUGGCAACAACAAGUCCUACAAAUAAUUCGCAAACAAAUUCAAAUUAUAGUUUAUUGAACAAAUUUGAUGAAUCGCAUUCAUCGUCAUUUCAAUGAUAAACUCAAUAAAAUUCUAAUAGCCUAUUCACACAGCACAAGUAAUUGUAAUGUUGAUUGCAAUCUUGCUCAUUCGGUUUGGUAAUCUGUUUCGGUUCGGUAAUUUCGUUCGGUUCGUUUAUUCGUUCGUUCGUUAAAAGAUCAAAUCAGGAUUACUUCAACCAAAAUACGAUUACAUCGUAUGUUGUAUAAAAGCAAAUCACAAUUAAAUUCGUAAUUUAUAAUAUUACAAUUCUGUAGUAAUGUUGUGACUAGAAAAACAAUAAAAUUAUAAUUAAAAUUAUAAUCUAAAUUAGAUUUACUUGUGCUGCGUAAAUGGGCUAUAAUUUUACUGCCAACCUUCUAUUAUACUUUUCAUUCCAAUGUAAUUCUUUACUAUAGAUAACUUCUAUAAAAAAUUAUACUUAAAACACCUGUUCAGUUCAAUUUUGUAAAAACUC